AUGGGGGAUAAUGACUAUGCUAGCACUGAUAAUAAAGUCAUAGACCACAGUAAUGAAAUUACUUUCCAUCAUUCACAUCUAUAUUAUCUCAGUCCCUCUGAUAAUCCGGGACUUAUGUUAGUUGCUAAGCAAUUUAAUGGUACAUGUUUUGGGUCCUGGAGGAGAGGGAUUAUAAUUGCUCUGUUCGCAAAGAAGAGAAUUAGAUUCAUAAAUGGUAACUCCCCUCCACUUGCGCCCACCUCUCCUCUCCUUGAUCAGUGGGAACAAGUUAACCACAUGAGGUACGGACAGUCAAAUGGUGCUAGAAUAUAUGAAGUUCAGAAGGACUUGGUUUCAGUCUCCCAUGGUUCAUCUGAUGUGAGUGGUUACUUUAAGAAAGUGAAAAGAUUUUGGGAUGAGAUGGAGUCAUUGGAUGCAGAGUCCUAUUGUAUUUGCGAUUGUAAUUGCGGGGGUAAACACAAAAUGAUGAAAAGGAUGGAGAAUCAUAAACUAAUGCAAUUCCUCAUAGGACUGAAUGAGAUCUUCAACAAUGCCAGAAGAAAUAUUUUGAUGAUGCAAUCUCUUCCUGGUGUGGGCAAAGCUUAUUUAUUGGUCAUCCAUGAUGAAAAACAAAUAGGCAUUCAUAAUGCACCAACUUUUCAGACUGACUCCAUUGCUUUCUCUAUCAGUUAA